GCAUAUAUAACUUAGUCUCUAAUAUAAACAGACCUCAUUCACUCUCACUACAGAACAACAAACUGAUUUUUGAGUAUCCGAAUGAAUUUUUUUCCUCUAAGAGACGACGGAAGGCCGAUGUUCAAAUCAAAAAUACCCCGUUUUUUCAAGAUUAUUCUUGACGACGCCCUUCGUGAUGGCAAGCUUCACAUUCCAAAAAAAUUUGUCAGACUCUACGGAAACAAUCUGCCAAGUUCAGUAGUCCUCAAGGUUCCAAGUGGUGCAAAAUGGAAACUAGAUUUAGUGAAAUCUGAGGGUGAGAUUUGGUUCCAGAAGGGUUGGCAAGAGUUUGUCAACUUUUACUCUAUAGCUUAUCGGUCAUUUCUAGUUUUUGAAUACAAUAAGGAAAAAUCCAAAUUCAAUGUGACGAUAUUUGAUACGAGUGCUUCAGAAAUAGAUUAUCCGUUAGAAAUAGCCAACAGAAACAAUGAACAGUCUCUUCCUGAGAAAGAGAUUCAUGAGGAAACUGAAAGUGCUGCUUCCGUUGAAAUCUUGGAUCACAAAACAAAAGGGAAAUCGCCAGUAACAUUUCCUCAGCCUCCUAAUAAGAAAAUCAAGCUUGAGAAGUCCGCAGAAAAAGGAGAAGGAAAUAGAGCAGAAACAUUGACACCUCAGGAAAAAGCUGAAGCACUUAAAAGAGCAGCUUCUAAUUUCAAAUCUAGAAAUCCUUUCUUCAUGGUUGCAAUGCAGCCAACUCAUCUUCAUCGGCAUGAUAAUUAUAGACUGUCUAUACCAGCAAGCUUUGCGAAGAAAUAUUUCAACAAGCAACAAGGCAGGGCUAGUCUUAGUAUUGAUGGGAAUUUAUGGCCAAUUGAGUACAAGUGUCACGUCUCCCAUGGAAGAUUGAAUAAAGGUUGGAAAGAAUUUGCAAUCCGAAAUCAUUUAGAAAUCAGAGAUGUUUGCGUCUUUGAACUGAUCAACCCUACUAAAUUGAAAGUCGCCAUUUUUCGACAUAUCAAAGAAGCUAUCAAGAGCCCAUCACUUGGAAACAAUAAGAAAAUGAAACAAGAAGUGAGUUGUGGCGAUGUGAAGACUGUCCAAAGGCAUUUAUGCUCAAAUUUUUCUAAGGCUGUUGAAGCUGCCAACAAAUUUACAUCAGUGAAUCCGUUCUUCAAAGUGAAUAUAUCAUCUUACCUUAGGACAGUGAGUUUACCUUUUGAGUUUGCCUUGAAAUGGAGCAAGAAAAGCGGAGAGAGUGUAUGGUUACAAAUUGGAAACAGAAAGUGGCCUGUCAAGUUAAUUAUCAACCGUUCAUCUUAUUAUCAUAACGGUUUUUUGUCUGCAGAAUUCAGUUUAUUUGCUAGAGAAAAUAGUCUGAAAGCAGGAGAUGUUUGCAUCUUUGAGUUGAUCAAUUCUGAAUUGCUUCUGCUUAAAGUAACCGUGUUCCGAAACACUGUGAAGUAAUUUCCUGGAAACCUUUAAUUUUUGUAGUGAGGAAGAGACUAGACUGUCUUAUAGCUCUAUUGAUUCUCACUAUUUAUUAUGCUGACAUUGAUUAAUUAUGCUAAUCAACUUUAUGGUUCUGUAA